GCUACCCCUUGUUGAAGCGUUAGCUCGCAUGCUAGUUGCAUUAGCAGGUUUGCCUUAAAUGGCAAAGGGGUUAGCUUGUUACGUUAGCUAAGCAAACACAACAGUAAAUCACCCAUGCUGUGUGCGCUCAUUGGAGUUCUAACCUGACAAGAAAGAUCAUUUUUUGACGAGAGAGUCGUUUCCAAGAGGUGUUAGCGAUGCAAUUGUAGUCACAUUUUAUCUUGAAGAUAAGUAAAACCCAAUGAAAUUACGCCUUUCGGUAUGCAUAGCUAGCGCUGGCUAACGUUUAAGUAUAUUGUACAACAAGUGCCUGCGUGGUUUGAAGCGUUAUAUAUAGCCUACUUUAGUUUCUGAAAGCUUCAUCAAACUCUCCAUAACGUCAUCAUAUCGGUGAUCUUUCUGCACAGGGAUUUACCAUUUCCCUGCAACAGCGUAUUGUUCAGCAUCAAACUUUGCUAUGGGCAAGAAGUCUCGCGAAGAGGACUCCUCUUCUUCUGAUGAAGAGGAAUAUGUUGUGGAGAAGGUGCUGGACAGGAGGGUGGUGAAAGGCAGGGUUGAGUUCUUCUUGAAGUGGAAAGGAUACUCAGAAAAGCACAACACGUGGGAGCCAGAGAAGAAUCUCGACUGCCCAGAGCUUAUUUCAGAAUUCAUGAAGACGUACAAGAAAAGCAGUGGUGGAAGUUCCACGCCUAGCAGCGGGGCCAGCAAAUCAAGCUCAGGCUCCUCAGGGCGCUCCAAAGAAUCCAGUACCUCAAAGAAGAGAAGCUCUGACGACGACGAGGAGGGUGGAAGCAAGCCCAAAAAGAAGAAGGAGGAAGAGAUUCUAGUUGCUCGCGGCUUUGAGAGAGGACUUGAGCCAGAGAAGAUCAUUGGGGCAACUGACUCAUGUGGUGACCUAAUGUUUCUAAUGAAGUGGAAAGACUCUGAUGAAGCAGACCUUGUGCUUGCCAAGGAGGCCAAUCACAAGUGUCCACAGAUUGUCAUAGCGUUCUAUGAGGAACGUCUCACCUGGCACGAAGACAGUGACAAGAAGGAGAAGGAUGCUGUUAGUGCAUGAGUGGAUUACUUUCGGAGGAAACAUAACCUCCUCCACUGCAGGGACAACAUUGAGUCGGACAUUUUUUCACACCCAAACUUCCCAUCCUUCCUCUUUACCAUGUCCAACAACGACACGCAGGCAGUGGGCACUGUUGUGAAUAUCUUCAUCCAUAACCCACUGGAGCACACGGCCCCAGCCUGCUGACAAGUAACCAUCACACCGAGGGAGAGGCUGUAGCUGACAUGGGUGAUAUGCUACUGGAGUGGGUUCUGCUGUUCUGUCUUUGUAUUCUUUACCUUCUUUUUAAUGUCUUAACACAUGUUUUAGUGCUCACAGGAUACUAUUAAGUCAGUAAGGUAUUUUUCAGUUUUGGCCAUCUGUUUAAACUCAGUACAUAGACUGCAGAGCCAGGGUUUCUACAAAAGCAGUGUUAACUAUGAGCUUAUCCAACCUAAGGUGCACAACCCCCAACCCAAGUCUUUAUAGGCUGUGCACCUUCCUGUGUUCAGAACCCACUAACACUGCUGAAUAUAAGACCGUAGUAUCAAUAUACAGGAAGCAACCACCACAGACCUUUGCUGACAACAUAAUCACUUCUUCUUUUUUAAAAAAAAAAAAAACUUUUUAUCUUCUAGAUUUUUUUAGUUUGUUCUGUCUACCAGAAUACAAGUACCCAGUUUGAAAUUUGCAAAUGAUGCCAGCCAAUUAUGUGUUUUUAACAGUGUUUAUUGCUUGGUUAUUUUUAUCUCCUCUUUUUUUCAUGUUGAAUGUGAACUUUGUGGUGUUUUUUAAAAUUCCUCCAUGCUAUCACCAGUUCAAGUAAAGGAUAAUAAAACAAACUGUACUCUA